GAACAGCUGAUCAUUGUAUAGCAAUCCCCUCCCUGGCGUUUUUGCCUUUUUUGUGUCCGAAACGAUACUGCCUUCAUCUGCUAACAUGACUGUAGUAUUCCGAUCUCUUCUAAUAACAGUUUACCUCAUCUCAAUGCAUACUGAUUUCUCCAGUUAGCGACGACAGAGUAAAAUUCAGUUUAUUCCACAUUCCUGUCUUACUUCCUGCCGAGCUCUCGCCUCUCGAGUAAAGUUGCGCCUUAGUGUACGCAGGGAAAUGUCGAUAUUAUAGCUUAACGUCUUCGAGACGGUGUCGGGGAAUCGUUGUUAACGCGGCGGUUAAUAAACCUGUUGUUCUCGAUUCGCUUUCCAGUGAUUAUCUCGUAAUUUCCCGCACGCUUCCACCAAGAUCCUCCCACAACGCGUUCCUCCUCGCGCUCCAGCGUCGAGUCGAUUCUGUCGCGCUCUGAAACUCAGCCCUGACAACUUUUAACAGCUUGUUGCUUUUGAGGCUUUAAGGCUGCCAGCACUUCACACAGAUCUAAAUUGCUAAUGGAGAAACUGGUGAGCCAUUACUUGUCCAGAAUCUCCUGAGCUCUAUCAUGUCAGUCUGGCUUUUUUUUGCUUUGUUUUUUUCUCUGGCUGGCCAAACAGAACAGAAUGGACACCCAAUUCCUAUAGGAGAGGUGGAAGUGUUUUUUGAUGAACCCUAUUGUGUACUUCCUGAAUGUGGUGCAUGGGUGUUGAACAUUAAAUGGAGAGAUAAGUUUGCUGAAAAUAAUGAAACGUUGAAAGUUAAAUACGACAUAGAGGUCCUUCGUACUGAACAGAUGAAGACUGUUCACUUUGAAACUAUAAAUGUGAUGGCAGACAAAACAUCCUAUUUUCAUUGGAAAUGGACUUCACCUAUACCUCUGCAGUGCACUUCCCAUUUAGUCAGACUUAGACGCUAUAUAGGGCACCGCACUGGUGAAUGGAUGCCAUUAUACUCACACAAAGGAAAAGAUCUAAACGCCGCAAAAACAACUCUCUAUCCUGGCGAACAAGUUUUCAAGGUUGGGAGUAACAUCACGUUCUGUUGCAUUGUGGGAACAGAUGAGGUUCCACUGAAGAACGAUGAAAGAUUUGAAUUUCUAAUUCGCAUCAGCAACAGGACAUACAUCACAAAACCAGUUCCAUUUGAAAGACCAGAAAAAGCCAACAUACUUUGUGAGGUUGAGAAAAGCUAUUCUGGCAUUACAGUAUUUAUUGGCUAUCCCCCAGAUGACCAGAAUCUUACAUGUAUAACAAGAGAUCUCAAAUCCGUGGAGUGUCACUGGGAAAGGGGUCGAGAAACCCAUCUGACUGGUAUAAAACAGACACGUUAUGCUCUUAAUGGAAGAGUUUGUUCAUUUGGAAAAUGUGUCAUACAUGCGGUGAAAAACCAGGAGACAAACUGGACCCUGGUUGCUGAAAAUCCUGUAGGUGUGAAGACUCUCUCCGAUACAGCUGACCCUACGCAGAGAGUAUGGUUGAGAGCGCCCAUGAGCAACAUAUCCCAUGUUGCUAAUGCAAGAAAUGUCUCUCUUCGGUGGAGCUGGAACGAGGAAAACUACGCUACGUUUUGGAUGAUUUGUCAAGUGAAGCUCAGUGGAAGGAUUUACAAUACGACCUUCAGUGGAGAGGGACUUUCGUCAGCUGUCCUUAUAAACCUGCAGCCCUCUGUUAAAUACACAGCUCAAGUAAGAUGUGGCUCUCAUGAGCACUUCUACAAAUGGGGCGACUGGAGUGAAAUGACUAAGUUCUCCACUGAAGAGGACAUUCCAGAAGCAGUAGAUGUUUGGAUUCAUUAUUCAGAACAAAACGCGUCUGUUUUGUGGAAGCCUCUAAAUGAACAUCAAAGCCAUGGGAAAAUUACAGAGUAUGAAAUUACCAUUGGAGACCCCAAACGUGAGAGCAUAAAAAUUGACAAAGAACAGCUGUGCUACAAUAUCACCUCCGGAAAUGAAAGAAGUGAUCGAAUCAUCAAAGUCUCUGCAAAAAACUCUGCUGGUCUUUCUCCUCCUUCUACCAUCAUUGUGCCAAGUUAUCCUGACAGUGAAGUCGAUAUAAGCUAUAUCAGUGGCGGUAAUGGUGGCUUUGAAAUGUCUUGGGAAGAAUCCUCGUAUUCUACUUGUGGCUACGUUGUUGAGUGGUUUCCAACAUACAAAAAGAGGCAAUGUGCUGUAGAAUGGGAGAAGAUCGCAGAAUGUAACAGUGGUGUCUGCAACGCAUGGAAUCGAUCCGGUAUUUUUAAGCCAGGAGUGAGAUACACCAUCUCCCUCUAUGCCUGCACAAAAGCUUCUCCAAAGCUUCUCAAGAGGAGUGAAGGUUAUGCAACAGAGACAAAACCAGGGAAAGUUAAGAAUUUAAAAGAUGUACAUAAAGGAAGAAAUAUUGAGCUCUCCUGGGCUGAAGUUCCCUUAGAACAGCAAAACGGCACCAUACGAGGCUACAAGGUCAUAAUAAUAUUGCCUUCUGGUUCUCAAAAGAUUAUUAACACAACAGUGAACAAGGUUGAAUUAGGUGAAUUAGAUCCAGGCUCCUAUACCUUCUACGUUAGUGCCUUUACAUCUGUAGGGAAUGGUGACUACGUUGCACACGGAACAAACCUACAAAACCCCUCUGACCGGAUGAUUGCAGCCACUAUUGUGGGUUGCAGUGCAGCAACUCUUGUCUUCAUUGUCAUCACAUUCCUUUGCUACAGAAAACGGAAAUGGUUAAAGAAGCUGUUGUAUCCAGAUAUUCCUGAACCAAAACUUGCAGGGAAAUGGAUCAAAAAGGGUAUUUAUUGCACCCAGAUGACUGAGGGGUACAUAAAGUGUGAGGUCCAAGAAGUCCACAGUUUAGAGCAUCCUGCAAUCUCAGAAAGUCUACAUGGCCUUGACCUCAUCAGCUCUAACUCCAAAGUGGUUCCUGCACAACAUUUCUACCAGAACAUGUCUGAAUCUCGUGCUGAUCUCUCGUACUGUCCUGUGGGUAAACUUACCUCAAUUAUUGAAAACCCUUCUUAUAAUAUGACCAUACCAGAACCAGUUGGUGUUGCUCAGAUAUCUGAUCUUACACUGGAAAUGCAGGAUGAUUACCUCCCAGCCCCUAACUUUGUUCAAAAUAAUUUUGUUGUCAAAGGCUCAGAUGGCUAUAAACCCCAGUCAACUUCUUCUACAGAUGCAUUUUUCGAUGUAAAUGCCAGUGAAUUCAUGCUACCUAAAAAAGUAUAAGCCCCAGGCAACUUCUUCUAGAGAUGCAUUUUCCGAUGUAAAUGCCAGUGAAUUCAUGCUAUUUAAAAAAGUACUGUACUGUUUUCUCUUCACUGUCUCUUGUAAAAUAAGUAAUGAAAUGCAUGUUUGUAAAUACUGUGAGGAAAAAUAAAAGCUGUGACCACC